UUGAAACGGCUUAUUGACCAAACAGACGUCAAAAAAACAAAAGGAAAUUAAACCGCGAAAUUCAAAAAUUUAGAACAAAAUGACGGAUAAUCCCGCGAUCAAGGACAAUCUAGAUAGCGGAACGAUAAUUGAAAUACCCAGCGCGAACGGGACGGACGGUAAUGUGGCGCGCGAUAUCGCCGAAGUAACAACUUCUUCCCGCGAUUCGAUUAACGCGAUAAAAAUGGCGCCCAACGAGAAUCAGCUGUUACCGCCAUCAGAAACGGCGACCAAAGAAAAAAAGCAAAAUGGCGCAAAGGGUCAUAGGAAGCCACACGAAAAACCGCCCGAGGUGGUGGAUUUUCGCACCCAUUUAACCUCCCUCGCCCACAUCAGCACUUUAGUUUUUGUUUAUAUCGUGUUGAAACUGGCUGUGAGUAGGGGCGAGUUUGAUUUUUUCACUUGGCACCCCAUACUAUUAGCUGUAGGGUGGAUGCUCUUAAUGACCGAAGGCUUCUACGCAAUCAACAAAUACAACACCUACUGGCGCCUCAAAACGACCGGAGGCCUCCGGGUUAAAGUUCACGUGACCGUCUUGGCCCUCGGAUACACCCUCUCCGUCAUCGGAUUCGCCAUCGUCUACAUAAACAAAGAAAACAAAGGAAAACACCAUUUCGUAUCCUGGCACGGCCUGUUUGGUCUUAUAGGGCUGAUCUGCACUUUCCCCCCGGUCCUAAACGGGCUCGUGCUGUGGUACAAAAAAGAACUGGCCAGUUACAUCCCUAGUCCGAAAUUGGUUAAGUUCGUCCACGUGAUGUCCGGUACGUUGGCCUUUACUUUUGGGGCUCUCGCUUUGGUUCUGAGCGUCUAUACCAACUGGUGGGCGAAAAGAAGCAACAGGAGCGACUAUUGGUUUUAUGUGGGACUGUUGAGUGUUAUUUAUCCGUUGGUUUGGGCCGUUUAUGGCCCAGCGGUGAAGUUAACGAGGGUGAUUAAGGAUUAUUUUAGUGAGGAUAAAGACGAUUAGGGCCUUUGUGUUGCUUGUGGCGGUUUAUUUUCUUGAUAAAAACGGAGGCAGGCCAAUGAGAGAUGCAUUGUCUGACCUAAGGUGGGGACAUAUAUGUUGCUGCGGCUAAAGCUUAAAUAAAUUAUUUUGUUGGAUAA